AGAUAGCAGCAUGCUUCUCCAUGGACUAAUUAUAAAUCAGGAAUAACAUUAAUUAACAAUGCAGUCAGUGCUGAACACCGUCCGGGGGGCCGCCCUGGGCUUCGCAGAGCAGGUCACUCCCCUUCUGACGGAGUCGUGUUUCCGGGAGCGGGGGAUGCUCACCCCGGAGGAGUUUGUCGAGUGCGGCGACCAGCUGGUGCACAGUUGUCCCACCUGGGCCUGGGCCGCCGGCGAGAAGAGCCGCGCCAAAACCUACCUGCCCGCAGACAAACAGUUUCUCAUCACCCGUAACGUGCCCUGCCACCGGCGCUGCAAACAGCUGGACCAUGACGAGGCCCAGGAGCGCGUUAUCGAGCCAGACGACGGCGACGGCGAGGGCUGGGUGGACACGCACCAUUUCAGCGGCGGCACGGCCAGUGGCGCCGGCGGCGAGAGCGCCGCCCUGGCCAUGGAGGCGCCCGCCGAGCCGCCCCCGCCCCCGCCGCCCCCGCCGCCGGCCGCCGCCGACAGCGACGACGACGACGGCGACGGCGAGGCGUGUGAUAUGGAGGAGUUUGAGGAGGCCGGCCUGGACGACCCGGACGAUGCUCUGGCCCGGACGCUGCCGGCGCCCGCCGCCCCGUGCGCCGCCUCCGGUGCCCCCUCCGCCGCCACGGAGCCGGCCGGCGAAGAGAUUGUGCGCACCCGCACCUACAACCUCAACAUCACGUACGACAACUACUACCGCACGCCCCGGCUCUGGCUGCAGGGCUUCGACGAGAGCCGCCAGCCGCUGUCGGUGGACCAGAUGUACGAGGACUUCAGUCAGGACCACGCCAACAAGACAAUUACGAUGGAGACGCACCCACACCUGGCCGGACCGCCGCAGGCCUCCAUCCACCCGUGCAAGCACGCUGACACCAUGAAAAAGCUGGUGGAGACGGCCGAGGAGGGCGGACGUCAAAUUCCCGUCCAGAAGUACCUCAUCGUCUUCCUCAAGUUCAUGCAGGCAAUCAUUCCGACCAUCGAGUACGACUUCACGCAGAACAUCCAGUUGUGAGACGGCUCGACGCCGCUGCUACUGUGAAAGGGGACUCGCUGUAGUACUCUGUGGGAUAUUGUUACUGGGGACUGUGCCAGGGACGGGGCGGGUCUGAGCACUCUGGAGGACGUCUAUUGCCCGCCCGGAGCUCAGCCACAGACAGGGCCGAGUCUCUACUGCCCGUCCGGGGUUUAGUCACUGACGGGACGGGGCCCAAUACGCCGAGACCGAGUCUCCGCUGCCCUCCCGGGGUUUAGCCACUGACGGGACGGGGCCCAAUACGCCGGGACCGAGUCUGUGGUGUCCACCCAGGGCUUAGCGGCUGACAGGUGGGCCACCCCCCGCUUGUAGCUGCCCGACCACCGACUGGUGUCUGCUGCUGGGAUAUGUCUGCUGCUGGGAUAUGUCUGUGCUGGGAUAUGUAUGCUGCUGGGAUAUGUCUGCUGCUGGGAUAUGUCGGCUGCUGGGGCAUGUCUGCUGGGUGUCUGCCGCUGGGAUAUGCCUGUCGGGUGUCUGCUGGGUAUGUCGGCUGGGUGUCGCUGCUGGGAUAUGUCUACUGGGAUAUGUCUGUGCUGGGAUAUGUCUGCUGCUGGGGUAUGUCUGCUGGGAUAUGUAUGCUGCUGGGAUGUGUCUGCUGGGUGAUUCUGCUGGGGCAUGUCUGCUGGGUGUCGCUGCUAGGGUAUGUCUGUUGGGUGUCUGCUGGGAUAUGUCUGCUGGGAUAUGUCUGCUAGUGCUGAGGAUAUUCUGACCACUACCAGUCGACCCUUAUCUAGCAGUAUCUGCUGACCGUGUCUGCUGACUGCUGACUGAUAUCUUACCGUGUAUCUGCCGGUAUCUGCCGGCGUUACUGAUGUGUGGUGCUGGCCACGGGUGCUGCCAGUUCCACCGCGGGGCCUGUCAGUACCACUGCCACCACUGGCCCUGGGGGCGAGCCGUCCGGCCACACAAAUUCCCAGGGCUGGGUCGCGACUCUGUGGCUACCCGCUGCGCCGAGCACCCCGGCUGGCCCCGUGGCGACCCACUGCGCUGGGUGGACCGCCCACCCGCCGACUGUGAUCUGUAAUUACCGUGUUUAUUGCCGCAGCCUCCUGAAUAUAGCUCUAUCUGAUGCCUGG